GCAGAAUUGCAAAUUGUAUUUCGUGGUAAAGUCGACGAGUCAGUUAUUGAGAGUUUUACGCUCCAAACUGGCUGCUGUCUCAACGAGACAGAUCAGACGACGACAACUGGUUCGAACCGACCGCGCUACAUUCCAAAAGAAGUUAUUGAACUUCUCCUAGCAGCCGACGAAAUGCAACUUGAAGAAUUAACCAAACCAGUUCAAAUGCAUCUCUUACAAGAAUGGGAACCAUGGAAUUCGGUCAAACUUUAUUCUGCUCCAUCGAAGACGUUAUUGGACGAUCCGGCAAUUCUCUUCAAGACGGGUGAUUAUCUUACAGCCGACGAAGACACUUUGAUAUCUGUUCUCGAACGCAACGAUUUGGUAAUGGACGAGGCGAUACCUACCAUUGGUAAGAGUGGAUACGAUCCACCUCGAAGACUCCUAUAUCAAGUUAAAAAGAUUCUCCCAAGGGAGUUAUACCAAGCCAUUCUAAAAAGACAAUUCAUUCCUAGCAGUCCUUUAUCACUAAAUGUCCUUCCUCCACGUACCGAACCAGUAUUUCUUCUGAGGGGCUCUGUUUCCGGCUUUACGCCAAAGACGUUCCAUGAACUCUGCGAUGCCAAAGGUCCAACAAUGAUAAUCAUCAAACCACCCUAUUCCAACGAUCUCAUCAGAAGACGAAUCCGAUUGUUAUUGUCGACCCGAAAGUUAUGUAACGCCGAUAUUUUCGAAUGUGGAGAUGUUAGUGUCAAAGAAUACAAAGUGUUUUCGGUGAAUGACAGAUGGGAUGAUGAACGGGGGUGGCAGGCAGGCGGGUUGCAACCGGGAAACGAGUCGGGAGCCGAAUUGAGAGACCAAUCGAGAGAUAACCCAAGAUAG